CCGCCCGCCCACCUACCGCGGAGGGUGUUUCCUUGGCUUCCGAGGCCCAGAGGUUAGCGCGCGCCUUCCGGAGGUGCCUCAGUCCCCCCGUUGGAUCCUUCCCCCGGGGCUGCUUUCGAUGGUGAUGGAAUAGAAAUGAUGCAUGCCUAGAGUCUGAAGAAAAAUUAUUAAGGAAAAGGAUUGGACGGCAUCUGAAGAUCCUGAAACCACAGCAGCUGACUUGGGGCAGGUGGCCAAAGAAGUUAUAUCACUCUCUGUGCUCAACCAUAAGCAGCUCAAGUGGAGGAGAGGUGGGUCAAGGUGGGUGAUUGCUUAUCCUUCAACACAACCUUCUGAAACCAUGGGAGAAAAGUCCCACAACUGCCCCUACUGUGGAAAAGGUUUCCGGCGCAACUCGCAUCUGACGCGCCACCUUGCCACCCACUCUGGGCUUCAGCGUCCCUUAGGUGGGAAACGCCUUGGGCAGCAAGUGCCAGAGGAAGACCGCCCGUACCCCUGUAAUUAUUGCGGGAAGACGUUUGCCCGCAGUGCUCACCUGGCCCGGCACCAGGAGACCCAUUCUGGGGAGCGGCCAUAUAAAUGCACCUACUGUGGGAAGGCCUUUGGUCGCAAUUCCCACCUCACUCGCCACCAUAGCACUCACACUGGAGAGCGGCCGUACGAGUGUGGGGUUUGUGGCAAAGCUUUCACCCGCAGUGCCCAUGUCACCCGCCACCAGGGAACUCACACUGGGGAGCGGCCUUUCCGCUGCACUCACUGCGGGAAGCGCUUCACCCGCAGCGCCCACCUCCAGCGCCACCAGGGCAUCCACAGCGGAGACAAACCCUUCAAUUGCCGGGACUGUGGGAAAGGCUUCACCCGGAAUGCCCACCUGGAGCGCCACCGUGCCACUCACUCAGGCGAGAAGCCUUUUAAGUGUGCCAGCUGUGGGAAAGGAUUUGGGGCUGCUUCUCAUCUUGUAAGGCACCAGCGGACCCAUAAAGUUUAGUUGGUUAGGAUUUCUCCUGUCCACCCAAACCAGGAGCAGAAAUGGCCAGUAUAGGACACUUCAGAGUACUUUCAUCUUUGUGCCAAGAUGGCUCUUUUCCACUUUUUUCUCCAGUCUACAAUGCCUAGAUGUUUAGCUCAUUGCCAUUUUUGAGAGAACUGUAUGUAACGCACUUGGUGAUUUUCACAUAGUCUACAGGGAGACCGAUAGUAUAAAGUUCUCCCAUUCAGUUCAGCUCUUGCAAAGACAUUUUAGAUGCUUGAACAACAGACUCUUGCCUGCUCCUUUCUCCCCAGAUGGGAAGGCAUAAAUACUAAACUUACCUAACACUGUAUUUGUGUGUGCAAAGUAUUACAUGUGAAGGCUUGCUUUUUCUGCCAGGAAAGAUGCCACACUGAUUUUCAACAACAGUGACAAGAAAACCUCUGUGGAACCCCUGCAAGAUGUGUUGAAUUCUCCAGCAUCACUAUGUGUAGUUGUGUUAUAAACACAUCAGUGAAGAUCAAAUAUUUUUUUCUGGCAAUUCUCAUUGAAUGAGCAUAGAAUAGCUUUUCCUUUGACUUGAAACCCUGGAGCUGAGGAAAUGCUGAUUAUUGCAUACUUACAUUUCCUUGCAUUGCCUAAUAGGACAGUGUGGGCAUGUAGAGGUGCUUUGUCUGCCUCUUGAAAAUUUCAGCACUCUGUAAGUAGAAGGGGCUAUAUAUUUUUAUUUUGAAGCCAGCUCUUCCGUGCCAUGGCUAGCCUGCAGAUUGCUAUAUGGUCAUCUACAGUAAUCAUCGACAGAAUGUUCCAGUGCGAAGUGUUUUCUAUGUUCCAGCCAGCAAUGCUUUCUUUUGGGGAACCAUUCCAUCUCCCUAAUUUUUGGGCCCACCUCUGCAUUCUCAGGCCACUGGCCAGGUUUUGUCCUAAUUGAGCUUUUUAAGGGUGUAGGCAGACAAAUUUGCUCCUUGACAUUUUUAGCUCUCAAGACUAUUUCUCCUUUUGGAAACUCUGGGGUUUCCCUGAGCAUGUAAAUAAUCUUCCUUUUCUAUCUUGUUGGCCUUGUUUUGGUUGUAACUUAGCCCUCAAGUUUGCUGUCACAAAAUGGUCAUUUAUGCUCAUAAUCAUCCAAUAGAAUACUGAACACUUUGCAGAUGGGAACUGAGGAAGAGAUCAUUAUGUUUUUCACAUUUUUUUUACAUGAGGCUCAGCAGACGUCUUGAAAUACUUUUUUGUGUCUCACAAGCCUUCAGCCUCCUCAGUGAAUUUUAGCUGCCCCUCCCCUCCCCCUCUUUUUACAAAAAUAGUGAUGGAUAUAAUUAAACUGACAUGCUUCACAGCAACAUAACUCCAGUGUGAUGUAGAAAUAGUUUCAAAAAUGACAUCCUGCAUUCGUUGCUUUUUAUUUUUAGAUGUCUUUUUAAAAUAUAACUUCUGUUCCAUUUUAAAGUGGGAUGUGUGGGCGUAGAGACUGUAUUAUAAAUGAUACUGUCAUCUGUCUUGUCCAAAAACAUUCAGGAUAUUUCCUUCUGCAAAAGAUAACUGAUGGGACAGUUGAUGUGUCAUGUAAAGUACUGAAGCUGUAUCGUGGACUGCUCUGAAGCACACAAAAGCUGAUGUGCCUAGCAGUUGCUAUUGCCGUUUUUAAAGUCUAUAAAACAGUAUUUUCCCUCAUAUCUGUGGCCCAGGGAAAUACUCUUUUGAUGUAUGCCAGUACUUCAUUCCCUGUGACUCUUAAAUAAGAUUUCCUUUCUUCAGUUUUGUAGCUGUUUGACACAAUUCAACUCUUCAAAAAUAAUGACUACACAGAGGCUUGGCCAUAUUUUUUAGACCAAGGCCCAGACAGAGAUCACCUACCAUGCCACUAACCAAGUUAAAUAUAGCAUUUGGCUUUGGCAACAACCUUGGGUACAUAGCAUGCAUGGAUUUUAAUUUGGGCUCCUUGAAAUCAGGGAAAUGAAAUUACUCAGAAUGUCUGCAAUUGGAGCAAAAACUGUCAUAAAAGAUUUUGUUUCAAGAAGAAAACGAAAUGAGACUAAUCAGAGCCAAGGACUUACUGCAGUCUUCAGAAACAUCUCUCCAUUGGUUGUAAUAGGACAGAUUGUGUUUUAUAAUAAUGUUUCCAGUUCUCUGAGUAACCAUCUUUCAUUUUUUUAAGCCUGAGCGAGUCAUAAAUAAGAGAAUGGCAAGAUCCAUCCAGCCAUUCUUUUUUCUCUGAGAUUUCUGAACUCCUUGUUACAAAAUGGAGGAACCAAUUCUCGUAUACCAGAAUGCCCUCUUGGUGGCAUCUUGAUUUAGUACAACAGACACGGAGUCCUUGAAAAGAAUACCAAGAAUGAUGGGUCAAAAUCAAGCUGCUAUAUACUCUGGUGUCAUUUCAUAUAUUCUUCCUUUACAUGUGUGUACACUGAUCUUAUAUGCCAGCAAAGAGAGCUUGGCAGUAAGAGAGCUUCUAGUGAAUUUAAAGCCAAGCUGAAUCCAGAGUGUAUUGAUCUCUUUCUAAAGUGGCUAGCACAGUGUGGAAAUACUGGAGCCACAGCCUUUAAUCCUUUUGUGCUGUUAUUUGAUGUAGUAAUGAUUUGUGCUUGUUGGCUUUCUUUGCUUAGCUUCUCAGCCAUUGCUGGCAGUGGAUAGUCUCCCUAAUCUUAAAUUACCAUUACAGCCUUUAACUGCCUCAGUAGUUCAUUCUCCAAGGUCAGGCUUUGCUGUUGUGAGUGGAGUUUUCCCUACUCGAUUUGCCCUCCUCCCCAUGAUGAGAUCUGAAAAGAUGAGAAUGUCAUACUCUAUUUAGACCAGUGAUUCCCAAACACCAGUAGUCCACAAGAACUAAAAUAUGUUCCACGGCUUCACCGUUACUACACCGUUUCAACGCCCCACAGAACACGCCCCUUCCUCGUGACCAUUUGCCCGUGAUGAGGAGGCAAAAGGAAGCCGUUAGGGACAGUUUCUUGUGUCUCACGCUCCGCUUUUUGUGUUUUUUUCAACCUCAGUCCUCUCCCCUUCUUUUUUUUUUUACAUGAGCGUUAACAAAAUCCACGGAUAAUAACACAGCUCAACCAAAAAGAAUUAUGGGUGUCUUUGUUUUUAGGCCUGUUCUUGUGGUUAUUUGGGGUGCUGAUUCAGAAAAUUGCAUCGGAUAGACCACAUCGGCUCUAGAUUAUUAAAUAUGGUUUUCUGUGGGCGAGCAGAUGGUGACUACUAGAUGGCAUAUGUUCUGUAUCAGAAACUAGAGCUGAUGUGGUCUAUCCAAUGCAGUUUUCUGAAUCGGCAUCCCAAAUAACCAAACCAAAUUUAAAGUUGACCAAAACCUGAUUCAUAACCCUUUUGGUACUAAUAUUGGAGAGUGGGCCCUGGUCUAGUGGGCCCUGGUCAAAAAAAGGUUGGAAACCACUGAUUUAGGCAGUGGAGUAUUUAAUCUCAAAUCAGUGUAAAGGCAUCAAAAUGAACAAGAAUAAGAUUAGUCAUCAGUAGAUUCAAAGUUCAGAGCGUAUACUGUACACUGCUGCUUUUUCGGAGUGUUGAAGUGUAAAUGCGUAGAAAAUGAGGGAAUAAAGAUAUUCAGUGCCAUGCUCAUCAUUGGGAAGACAGAAAAUAGCCACCUUUUUGAAAUAAUAAUGCUGUUUCUAAAUUGAAACCGAAGAAUAAUGGAACAUGGUUCCUGCUGAAAGAAAAAGAUAUUAACAUCACUGGUUUCAGUGUCAUACUUCCAAGCUCUGCUAAUUCUGUGGUAAAAUAGGUGGCCCCAUUUCCAAUUUUGUGAGGGUUACACUGUAUAUAAAUGUAUUGCAAAGGUCCAUGGAUUUUAUAGAAGACCUAGACAAAAACUGGAAGAAAAUAGAGGAGUGGUAUUGUUCUACAGUCCUUUUUGUUCAACAGAAAAAACCACCUAUGACAACAUUUCUUUUUUUGGAAUGAGUGAAAUGUUUUUGAGGUAAGUUUUUGCCCACUCAGAAUGUAUAGUACAAAUAUAUUUUUUUUGUAAGACAAUCUACAGAGUUAAAAAAAAGAAUCCUUGUGUAUAUGUAGAUAUAUAAAACACACAGUUCCCAGCUGUAUUCCUGCAGAUAAGAUGCUUUUGCCUUUUGUAGGGGAGCAGCCAGGGCUUUUGUUGCUUGUGGAUUGUUGCUUGCCUUAUAGUAUCUUUCAAUGUAGUGUGGAGGUAGUCAUUUGAAGUAAGUAUCCUUCAACCAUUGUCCUUUUCACCGGAUCCCUUUUGGCCCAGCAUGGAUAACCCACUACAAAACAUGGAUUUUGUAGUUUGGGGUCCACAACCCUAUACAGACAUACCUGUAUAUAAGCUCCAUGCAUUUCUGUGUAAAAAUGCAUGGGAUUCUUCUGCAAAUUUAAGAACUGCUCAAAGUAGUAGUGUUCUAUGUACUAAUCAAAUCGCAAACCAUGAGUGUCAAGUUGUUAAAAGAGUAAAAUAAGUUUUAGGUUCAUUAGGAAAUGUUGCCUAGAAGUCCACUCCACCCACCCCGUUCUGUGUGUGCAUGUGCUUUCUUUAUAGAAACAGGUUUUCCUUCCCAGGGCUUCAGAAGUUCAGGAAAUGUUUCAUUUCUGCUUAGAAAAUCCUCAAAUUCACUGCACUACAGCCCUCAUACUGGUUUGUUUCUCUGGUCUGUGGGUUUGGUAAGGCAGCAGCUGUAGAACAGAAAUGACAAGUGACAAAACAAAUUAAAAUUCCAAAACUAUGUAGUGUAUAUAGAUGAUACUUUUGUAGGGCCAGAGGCACUACAGGUUGAUUAUCCCUUAUCUGAAAUGCUCAAUACAAUCAUAGAAUAAUAGUUGAAAGAGACUACAUGAGCCAUCUAGUCCAACCCCCUGCCAUGCAGGAAAAGCACAAUCAAAGUAUCCAUCCAGCCACUGUUCAAAAGCUUGGGACCAUAGGUGUUCCAUAUAUUGGAUUUUUGAAUACUUGCAAACACAUAAUGAGAUAUAGGAAAUACAAGACUCAAGUCUAAACAAGAAAUCCGUUUAUGCUACACCUUAUGCACACAGCUUAGAGGUAUUUUAUGCACACAUUUAAAUUUUGUGCUGAAACCACGUUUGUGUAGAUUGGACCAUCGGAAAGCAUGUGGUCAAUUUUGGAGUAUUUUGGAGUUGCAGAUGAUGGGUGCUCAACCUGUAUUGUAACACAGUCAUUGGUGAUGCAUAUUUGUUUUCUGUUGCGUUUAAAAGUAUACAGUAGUGAAAAAGAAGUUAUGCAGGUUUCAGUAUACUAGUGCUUUAAGCCAUCCUUGGAAGGAAAAAACCCAAAAAUGAGUCCCAGCAGAACUCUAAUCGAUACAGUAAUGAAUAGUCGCAUGCCCAAGUUGAGCAAUUUUUGGUGUUGACAGUCACCCUCCAGUUUAUAAUGCCUACUCAUCCCUACUCCCUCAUGUAAUUUUUUGGGAUACCAGAGUUAUUCAACGGAUAAAUGGCAUUAUGAUUGUGAUUCCCUCCUGGGAUGGCUACUGGCGCAUGUCAGAAAAGAGGAAGACCAUCACCAAAAGAGAGAGGGUCCAGAUUUGGAGAUUUGAUUAUAGUUUUAGCAAAAAUACAGAAUAUCACUGAUGAGAAAAACUAGCCAAAUGGACCUGUUCAGCCUGCUUAAUGAGCCAUUUCGCGAUCCCUGACUUCUCAGCCAUAUCAUGAUUCUUUAUCUUUGAAAUGAGCUAAUCAGGCAUCAAACAGAACACUUUGAAAAGACAAGUCUCCUUUGAUAGGUUUUCUGUUAGAGGACUGCUCUUGGUAACGCCAUGGCCCUAUGUAGUCCAUGGUCUCAUACCUGAAGCAGGUUUUAUUUAUUUUUGCUUAGUGUGUGAGCCCAACAUUUUAAAAGACAGAAAAGGUGAGUUCCCUUUUGAUUAUUGCACCUUCCUUCCCUUGUUGACAUUUUUUUUACUAAUAGAGAAAAUAAAUUAAAAUAUGUAUUGUAUAGUUCUUUAAGAAGAUGCAAGACUGAGUCACCAUAUCUCAAUUACUUUGAAUAGCAUAUCUCUUCAUACCAGUUUCUGCAUUCACACUCAUAUUAGUGUGAUGCAUUCUUGUAACAGAACCUGAACUCAUAGGAGGGUGGCUUCCUGUAAAUUUACUUCAAUGAAGAAUUAGCACAAUUGCUAUUAAGCAAUUGCUGUUGUGUGCCUUCGAGUCAUUUGCAACUUAUGGUGACCCUAAGGAAAACUCACUUGAGGGUGGGGGCAUGAUUUAUUUAAAGCAGGGUUGACAUAGUUUUCCACUAAGAUAAGAGAUUGUAACUUGCCCUUUUCUGCAUAAUGACUCCCUUAUCUAUCCACAGCUCAUAUCACAAACAAUUAUUUUAGUGCCAAAAUCUGCUAUUGACUUUUUGCAUGAGAUCGACUUAUAACGGAAUCUAUGUAUGGGAAGAAUUUCCUGGGCAAUGCAGUGUCUUUGCAGUAGUGAAUUUAACCUUUCUGAAAUGCUUGGAACCAGAAGUGUUUUCAGUUUUGGAAUUUUCUUUUUGGAUUCUGGAAUACAUAUAUUUGCACAUAUGUACAUAAUUAAGAUAUCUUCAAGGUGGAAACCAAUUCUAAACAUGAAAAUCAUUAAAUAUCGGAAAGCAAAAAACAUAACUAUUGCAGACACCUAGUUGGACUAUUUUUGAUUUUGGAGUAUUUUGAAUUUUGGAAUUCCAGAUAAGGGAUGCUCAACUUAUAUAACUAAUUUCCUCCUUUUCACAGGUAGUGAAAUCUGAAUAGGGAACCGUUGGCCCCACAGAUGCUUUGAAUUACAGCUCCCAUCAUUCCCUACCCAAACCAAUAAAAAAGCCAAAGCAGCUUCAUCUCUGGUUUAAAGCCUAUUGUACAGAAGUGAUAAAACCCUAGAAUUCUAGUUCUAUAUGCUCUCGAGGGUUUAAAAAACCUUUUCAUUUAAAAUGUAUUACUACAGUAGAAAGCUUUUAUCUUAGCUGUCUGCCAGCCAUGAUAGUUUUCUAUUUGUCAAGUAUAUUGGCACAGAGGUGUCUUUGAAAAGAGGCUUUCUUGGCUGUAGUGGGAAUUGUGAAAUUACCUGUUUCAUUCAGUUGCAUGUAUAGGUCAGGUCUCAUUCUUCCAUAAUUGAACUUGGAUGGAUUGUUAUUUUCCAUUCACAUUCAUCAGUGUUUUUACUUGAUUCACUGCUUUCUGAGAGCAAUCUUAAACUCAUUGCACCUAGUUUAGAGAUUAGAGAGGCAGGCAGGAACAGAAGGGGCAGAGUGUAUGUUGGAGCGUUCUCUCUCCUAUGUGUGUAGUUACUGGAAGAAAAAUAAUUUGAUUUCCCAUUUACGUUUCCUUCUUUAAAAAUCUUUCUCUAAAUUCAAGCUCCUCAGUUUUGACAGUUUGCUUUCCAGUAAGUAGGCUCAGAAUCAAAGCAUUCUUUUAAUUUCCAAUUUUUGAUGUAAUGGGUGAUGACAGACAAAAGUAUCACCUCUGACCUUUAACUAAUAAAAUAGAUGAAAAUAUGUAUCGUUACACAGAGGGCUUCAGCAAUGUGUAUGUGUGUGGGGGCAAAGUACUCAUUUGGGGUUGCUUGUUCCCCUCCUUUGCCUGGUGUCAUCUCGAGCGAGCUCUGUUAAGACACUCCUUAUUGGUUCAGCUUGACCUUUCUGAAUCUAUCUAGCUUUUUAAUAGGUCGGGGCAAGUUUAUCUUAGUUUGCUUUUGUAUUGUUUGCAGGUGAGAAUAUGCUAGGGUUGAUUUUGGAUUGUUCUGACCUUUUUUCUUGUUGUUUUCUAUUAGUACUACUGCCAAUGGGUAAGCCUUAAAAAUAGUAAUAAAUGCUAUUGCAGCUGUAUCAUAGCCAAAUUGAAAUCUAAGUAUUCUGCUACCAUCUAUUACAUUUCCAGGUAUUGCCCUUGGUAACUUACUUUAUUUUCCUAUUGUACUAACAGUGUCUGUCUUUCCUCUGUAUGAAAUAAACUUUACUUUUUGGAUUCUGAAA